UAUUGAUAUUUUUUUACGGUUGUUUAAAAGUCUUCGUAUUUAAAUUUAAUUAGCAAGAUGUUAUCGACAGCUUCUCGGGCAAGUACUCUAACGAUGCUCCUAUUAUCGGCCAAGGUGAUCACUGUCAUUUGACAGGACCACAGAUUUAUAUAGAAAUAUAAUAGUUACGUGAAUUUGUGUAAGUGGAUUUGUGAAUUUUUAUUUGUGUGAGUGCUCUAAAAGGAUCAGGAUCCUUAGAAGAAAAAUGACCGUCCUGAAGAGUAAUGUUGAAGUACCUGACGGUGGUUGGGGUUGGGCGGUAGUCGGCGGGGCUGCUAUGACUAAUAUGUUCAACCAGUCUCUUAUCUCACUUUUUGGUUUAUUGUUUGGGCAGCAAAUCGGUGUCUUGGGUCAUGGGACCAGUGAGGCAGCAUUAAUCAUGAAUUUAAAUAGUGUCGUUACUAAUUUCUCAGGUCUUGUGACGGGUCCGAUGUUGAAAAAGUAUUCCGUUCGGAAAGUGGCGGUGGCUGGAUCGCUCCUGACCGCCACGGGUCUCAUGAUCAGCAGUCAGGCACGCUCCCUGUGGCUGAUUCUGUUUGGAUACAGUUUUUUGACAGGUCUAGGUUUGGGUUUCAUAAUGCCUUCGGUGUUCUUAGCAGUGACCUCUUAUUUUAAGGUGCUCCGAGGCCGGGCGGUGGGCCUGGCAGCAGCCGGUACCGGCCUGGGACAAAUGGUAAUGCCUCAUGCCGUUCGAGCACUGUUGGACGAAUAUAGUUUCAGAGGAGCCACUCUUAUUAUGGCCGCUAUGGCUUUACAAGGGGUGGUAGGCGCUUCUUUAUUUCAACCCGUAAAGAAUCACAUGAAACCCGUCAAUGACGUGCCGACCGAGAAAAAAUCUUUACUUGACCCGAUUUUAACCCCUGACACUUCAGACGCUGAAGAAUCUGAUGAUUCAGUUCUUUUAAAGAAUAAAAAUUGCAAAAACUGCGUUGACUGCGUUGAAGCUGGUAAAAACAACGACAAAUUAAAUAUAAAAAAUUGUGAGAAGAAGCAUAUCGAAGAGGAAAAUGAAAGGGACGAUGCCCCAUUGAUAUCUGUGCAAAGGACGUGCUGGAAGAAGUUUAUAAGCCUAAUGGACCUGGAUCUUCUCAAGGAUUUGACUUUUCUUAACAUAGUGUUCGGAGUCGCAUUAGCCUAUACCGCCAGUAUCAAUUUCAGCAUGUUAUUUCCAUUUUUUUUGCAAGAAUCAGCUGGACUAAACCGAGCUGAUACAGCGAUGUGCAUGUCAGUUCUGGCUGGGGCGGACAUUGUUUCUCGGUUAACUCUUCCAACAAUUACACAAAUUCUGGGAUUUUCUUGUAGAUUGUCUUACCUCAUCGGAGCUGCCGCUCUAAUUUUAGCACGGGCAUUGUUAGCUGAGCAAAAAAGUUAUACCGGUCUUAUCGCUAUUUCUGCACUUUGCGGUUAUGUACGGGCGGCGACUGUUGUCAACCAGAACCUGGUGCUGAGCGAACACUGCAAAGCGUCCAGGCUGCCUGCCGCCUUGGGUCUCGGCAUGUGCGUUAAGGGAGCAUUUGUCAUAACUAUCGGGCAGUUUCUUGGUUGGCUUCGUGAUUACACGGGCAGUUACAGUCUAUGUAUACAUGCUCAAAAUAUUCUUCUGAUUCUCAUAGUGAUCACCUGGGUGCCCGAACUUCUUUACAAAUACUGCAAAAGAAAGUCGGAUAAAUUGCCUUUACGAUGA